UAGUUGUCAAAAAGUGUUUGUACAAGUUGGUGUUGUGAACUUUUUAAAAAACUAAAUACGUGACCCCAAAAAUGUAUAUUUACGAAUUGCCUUACGAUAUAAACAAGGAAUUAUGUAGACUUUUGGACAAUGAUGAAGACUGGAAAGAGUUAGCGGAACACAUGAACUAUUCUGCUUUUGAUGUGAACGAAAUUCAGCAGAUAGCAAAACGUCAAGAAAUAUCCCCAACAGCACAGCUACUGACUCAAUGGGCCCAACUCAACCAUAAAGUAGAAGAAUUGUUCAUGUUGUUAUACCGUAUGAAGCAUAUCACAGCAUUGAGAUGCCUAACGCCUGUAGUGGAUAAACCAUUCCAUAGGCUUCUACAGAAACAUGACAGCAAGGCUUUGAAAGAGAAACAUUCAUUAUCUUAUGAAGGUAAUCUGAACAAGCAGAAAACACAAAAAGUCAAUGGCAGUGAAUCUUCUAUACCUCUACCUGUAGUACUCUUUGAAGAGCGUCGUCACGUCCCAACGCGAAGUGACGCUGUGGUGACAACGCAAACCGAAUCCUCAAAUACGGACAGUACUAAGAAUACAUCAUCAACACACGGCAGACCCGAUAUAUUUGACGACGAGUUCCUCAGAAAUGUAUCCGCCAUCCCAAUGUUGAGUUACGAAGAUCUGAGGGAAGCGACCAAGAACUGGAGCGAGAGUAAUCUCCUGGGAAAAGGUGGAUUCGGACAGGUUUAUAAAGGAGAAUGGAAACUCUUGCCGGUAGCAGUCAAGAAACUCAGCAGCAACGACGCUAAGAACAAAGAGUUGAUUCGAGAGAUGUGUCUCAACCAGUACCGGCACGACAACAUACUGCCGCUCUACGGGUACAGCUUAGGAGGUCCGGAAGCGUGUUUAGUGUACCAGUUGAUGGCAGGUGGUUCUCUCGAGCAAAGGCUGCGCCACAAGACUGUACACCCACCUCUGUCAUGGGCACAGCGGUACAGGAUCGCGCACGGUGUUGCCAGAGGUCUGCAAUACCUGCACACGAUGGCAGGCACGCCGCUCAUACACGGCGACAUCAAGCCGGCCAACAUUCUGCUGGACCAAUGCACCAUGCCCAAGAUUGGCGACUUCGGUCUCGCUAGGAAGGGGCCUUAUGGAGAUGAUCGGACGCAUUUGAAGGUUUCCAGAGUCCACGGUACGCGUCCAUACCUUCCCGACGAGUAUCUCCGCUCGCGCUGCCUCUCCCCAGCCGUUGAUGUAUUCAGCUUUGGAGUGGUGCUGGUUGAAAUGGCCACCGCUUUGCCCGCUAUAGACCGCACCAGAUCUGUGCUACUACUGAGCGAUUAUACGCACCAGCUGGCAAGGGAGGGCGUUGAUUUUGCAUCGCUCGAAGACCGAAGCCUCCAAGCCAUACAAAACUCAAAUCCGCAAUUGUGCAGAGAAUUCGUAGCCAUCGGCCUCCACUGCACGAAGUAUAUGAGACAGGAGAGGCCGACCAUGUUCGACGUUUACAAGACUUUGGAUGCCAUGGAACUGCCGGGGAAACAGUAUAUCUAGCAAAAUCAUUGCCGGCUCACUACUGAGCACGGGUCUCCUCUCAGAUUGAGAAGGGUCCAUAGUCAGCCACGUUGGCCCAAUGCAGAGCAAACUUUGAUAAUAUUAUGGUUUCCUCCACUGCACGAAGUAUAUGAGACAGGAGAGGCCGACCAUGUUCGACGUUUACAAGAUUUUGGAUGCCAGGAACUGCCGGGGAAACAUUAUAUCUAGCCAUAACCAUCAUCAUCAUGAUCAACCACAUAUGUCCACUGCUGGACAUAUGUUUCU